CAGGGAGAUAUUCUCUUUACCUUUUAUGAUGAAUUGAAAUUGAAAUACCAAGAGUCGACGAGUUCCAUAACGUGCCUUAUCCCCCAGUAGAGAUUAUUUCCAAUUUCCAAGUAUCCCUAGCAACGCUAUCAUCUCCUACGCUUGUUUUAUUUCUGUGUAUGUGUUGAUAUCUAUUUUGAUUUUGUAAUAGGAGAAUAAACAAGAUGCUAGGAAUUUGGCGGGGAGUAAGGUUGCGCCAAAACCCUCCAAGGCCUGCAAUAUUACAGUUCCAUGGGAAUGGAAUCAUCAACAUGGAAAGCAUAUAUUCACGCUUUGGAUGUGUGACGGCGUCCCCACCAAUGCAGCAGAAAGGGUUGGAGAAUGUUACAGUUUCUGACGUUCUCCUUUCAAAGGGAGAAGAAAAAGUGGGUUCAUGGCUCUGGUGCCGAGUUGAUGAUGCUGUUAUUAAUGCAAUGAAGAAUAUGGCUACGAACAAUAUUGGAUCACUGGUGGUGCUAAAGCCCGAGGGUCACAUAGCAGGAAUCGUCACAGAAAGAGACUGCUUGAGGAAAAUAGUUGCGAAAGGAAGAUCUCCAGUGUACACACAAGUUGGUGAAAUCAUGACUGAUGAGAAAAACCUAAUGACGGUGACCUCUGAUAUGAACAUUCUGCAAGCAAUGCGAAUUAUGACAGAGAAUCACAUAAGGCAUGUGCCAGUAAUUGAUGGGAAAGUGGUGGGAAUGAUUUCGAUGGUGGAUGUGGUGAGAGCAGUGAUGGAGCAGCAAAGCGGAGAACUGAGGCGACUCAAUGAUUACAUCAGAGGAGAAUACUAUUAGGGGCUCAUUCUUCCCUUGACCAAACAAACACUUUUACACGAUACGCUUGUGUCAAACACAUGCGUGUUUCAAAAUUCAAGAUCUUUUCCAAGCAUCCCCGUUUCUACAAGGCACAAAUUCAGCGACUCAAUCACAUGUACUUUUCGAGUAUAUUUCGCCUUUGGUAUGUUGGUAAAUAUAUUUACAUCUUCUAUAAAUCUGAAAAAUUAUCUUUACACGUGAUAGACCAUAAUA